AUUAAAGGAUUCUUCUUUUUUCUAGGAAGGAAGACCACGAGUUUAUACAGAGGAUGAAUGCUCUGACAGGAAACAAGCCGGGUAGCGCAGGAGGUGAUGCUGAGAAUUCUGAUGAAGAAUUGGAUGUAACACAGGUUGAGAGAAGCACUGUUUGUCCGAUCAGUAAGAGUGAGAUGGUUAAUCCUGUGAAGCAUAUUCCCUGCGGACAUGUUUAUGAUAAGGAGAGUAUAGCUGCCCUGAUGAAGAACUCGGGAAAGAAAAGAUGUUUCUGCCCUAUGAUUGGAUGUCCUUAUCCUAAUCCUAUCCAACGAACUGAUCUGGUUCUUGACACAGAUCUUCUCAAGUUCAUCAGGAAGAAACAAACUCAGUAGAAACUGGAGACGACCUUGUUUUUCGUUGGACAUUUGCUAAAUAGACUAUUUCAUUUUCAAUUGCGUCCACCGCUGAUAUUUUAAAAAUAUUUGUAAAAUAAUUGGACAUUUUUAAUCUGAAAUUUUUUGUAAUGAAAACAAUGAGUUGGAUACCUGAUUUGAACUAUACUUCCGUUUGAACUAUUGUUCAUUAGAACUAUAGUUUAAAUGAACAAAAAGAUAACUCAAAUAUAUUCAAACAGGAUAGCAUCCAACAAAGACGAUUUGAAAACAAAAAUACGCAAUGAUUGCGCGUAUCCUCUAGGUUUCGUGAUUUUUUCUAAACCGGUUCAAAUUAACGAGAUCUACUUUUGAAAACCAAUCGUAAAACAGACGAUAUGUUGAUUUUUCGACAAUUUUUAUUUGUGAAAAUUUGCUCAAUUUUUGACAGUUCAUCUAAAAUUUAAUUUCCGAAUUUUGAUAUGAUUUCAAAUACCGUGGUUUUUGUUUUGAUUAAGAAUUAACGGGCUCGCACUGAUAUGCGCACUUGACGAAAAUGUGUUCUUUUUAUCAUUUUUCGCGCAGGAACAAUACUGUGUUGGUUUGAACAAAACAUUUAGUUUAGAAUAAUUGUCGAUGCAUAAAUUGUUUGUGUUUUUCAGA